AAUGGGGAUAAAGAAAAAAAAAACAAUAUCAUUGGUCGUCUCGUUUAAUUUUAAUUUAUUUAAUUUUUUUUUUCAUAAUUAAUUUAAGUUGAUAAUUGUUUUGAUCGGCGUACGCUGUUAUUUAUGCAACUAGUGAACUCCGGCCGAACCGUUGUAACUCGUAAAGGAAAUAAAAUCGUAUUGAAACGUGAGCUUUGCAGCCGAUUCAUCUUUGUUAAUGAACAGCAUACAUCGUAAAACGACGGAGGUGAUUGAGACGAAACUCGUGAAAUGUCACGUCAUGAAGGAGUGAGCUGCGAUGCUUGUAUGAGAGGCAACUUCAAAGGACGUCGUUUUAAGUGUUUAAAAUGUUAUGACUAUGAUUUAUGUGCUAACUGUUUUGAAGCGGGUGCAACUACACCACGCCAUUCUGUCGAUCAUCCUAUGCAGUGUAUUUUAACACGUGCUGAUUUUGAGCUGUAUUAUGGUGGUGAGUCAUUGGCGUCUGAUCAGCCUCAAGCAUUCACGUGUCCAUUUUGUGGACGCAUGGGUCUUACUGAACAAGUGCUUACUGAGCACGUUAGUGCUGAGCAUCCAGAUUCAACAACAGAAGUUGUUUGUCCAGUUUGUGCUGCCCAUCCUGGAGGUGAUCCGAAUUUGUUAACCGAUGAUUUUUCUGUACAUUUACAAAUGCAACACCGAGCAAGUCCAAGUGUUCCAAGAGAUUUAAUUUCAUUUUUAGAUGAACCAACAGUAGCUAGACAUUCAGUUAGGCGCAUACCACAAUCAUCGCGUGGCAUGGGAAGUACAAGGGUUCGAAGAGCAAUCAAUUUCAGGUACCGGGCUACAAAUGGUGGAGUAAGAGAAGGUUCAGAUCCAAUAGCAGAACUUCUAUCACAGUUAAGUGGAGUUCGAAGAGCUCAAUCUAAUAGCGUGCCUGGGUCUUCAGGAAGCAGUUCUCAAGGAGGUCAUUCUGCUAACAAUGUAUCAUCACAGUUACAACAGCUGCAGAUGCAGCUGCAACUUGAAAGACAACAAGUCAGGGCAGCAAGACAGCAAUUAGAACGUUUACCUCGUCGUCAAGGUCAUACUUCAUCUGCCGCUGCUGCUGCAUCUUUGGCUAAUAAUAACAUUGUUGGUUCGGGAGUACCGACACAAGCAGCUGGUACUUCUUCAAAUCUACUCAACAUCCAAGUAGUAGACUCAAACUCUAAUCAAAAUCAGUCUACCCGUAAUAGCUCAUCACAGUUUUUAAUUAAGUACAUUGAUGCUCCUCUUACCGAACCAGAACAACAAAAGUUGGAUGUGGACCGUGCAGAUCGCAGUUUCUUUAUGCAAGAAUUAUUAUUAUCUAUGUUAACGCCAAACGAUAGUGCCCCAACAUCGAUACACACCAAAAAAGAUCAAACGUCUUCACCCACCUCGGCUCAACCUCAGGAAUUGGUACUAAUAUUCAGUUGUUUUUUAUGUUUCAAUUAUUAAUUAACCGACGUCUCUAAAUUAAAUAUCAUCAUUGCUUUAUCUGAUACUCGUAAACAGAUACACAUUAUUAUGCUUGUCAAUUAAUAAUUUAAAUAAAUAAACUAAUAAAACUACUGAAUAUAUUUCAAUAGAAAAUAAUAUAAAGAUUGUUUGGUAAUUUUUAAAUUACUUUAACCAACUAUUAUUAGUAAAAUUAUAAUGUUUUUGUUUGUUUUUGUAUUUUCUUCUAAAAUAUGUAUAUAUAAUUUAUAAAAUAAUACCUUAUAUUUUAGUUUUUGGAAUUACGUUUUUUGUUACGUUAAUUGGCUAAUACUCAUAUUUUACUUAUAACAUUGAAAGUAAAACACACUUUUUAUUUAAUAUUCUAAUUUAUAAAUAUGCCAAUGCCAACAUAUUAUUUGUAUAAAAAUAUUAGUAGUACAUGUAAUAAAGUAUUAUCAACUUUUGACUAGUGAAAAUAAAAAAGAAGUAUCACCAUUUUAUUAAGAUAUUAUAUUAUCUGUUAUUAAUGGACAACUACAACAUACUAUACACAUGUAAUAUUAUAGCAGUUGUUUAUCAUGGUCAAUGAAAUAUGAGAAGUGGAGUCGAAAGCAUAAUAUCUGAAUUUUUGUUGUGAUAUAAAGUUAUCAUUAAUUUUUCAGACUUUAUAUCCGUAAUAUUUUUUAUGUUUACUUUUUAAUAGCUUAAAUAUUAUUAUCAUGUUUACUCAAUACUCAAUUGUAAUGUGUAUAUAAUUAUGUAUAGAAAAAACUGAAGACAAAAAUAAACAAAUUAAACAGUUUUAUGAUUUGUUAAAA